ACCGCUACUGCCUGCAUCAUGUCUGAGAGAGCCAACAAAGACAAACCUAAGCGAAGUUUGUCCUUGUCCAGGAGCAAAACAAAAGGUAAUACCAAAGCUGGGAUUUCUGCCAGUGCUGCUUCAAUCGCCUCGUUCUUCAACAGCCAGCCUCCACCUAAGCUGGCCUGCCCCUUGUGUGGCCAGUUGGUACCAAGAUUCAGGAUCAAUGAGCACAUUGAUUUGCAGUGUCAGAACUUCGAGAGAAGACACAGCAGUGCCGACUCAGCAGGCGUAAAUGUUGUGCCAAGCAUCCAGCUGUCAUCUAGAAGGAAUCACCUAAAGUCCCUGGAUCAAAAAAAUGAAGAGGUAAUUAGAGAAACCAAGACCAGCCCUUAUUUCAAAAAGAAUAACUUUCAGCAGGCACCACGGGAGAUUAAUAGUAAAACUGUGGUCAGGACGAUUGACCUGGGAAGUCUCUCCUCCAAGUUAUCCAGGAGGUGUCAUAAAAUACCUGAGAGUACACAAACAGGCCAUACACAUGCACCAACAUGUUCCAAAAAGGAGACUGAUCCUUGUGACACACUGAACAACUCUCAGAAAGAAAAUGCUAUGAUUGAGAAUUUAAAAGACUAUGAGACAGUCACAGACUUGACAGCAGCCAGUGGGGAGAACCCAACAGCAGUGGUAGAGCUGUCAUGUUCAGAAAAAGGACAUAAUCUUGAACACAAAGCAUCUAAAUUGGAGACUGCUGAAAAACUCCCCACCCCAAAACUUCGCUCAUCUUCCUCCAGACUUGUAAAGAGGAAAAAGGAAACAACUUCCACUGGCAACAUGUCUGGUAUCGGAAAGAGAAGAAAAUUUGAGGAGAGCUGCAGAGAGCUGGAGGAGGUGCUGCCUAGUGAAAGUACAGCAGAGACAACUGAUACAGAUCAGCUUAACACUGAGGUGCCUUCUAGCAACUCUUGUGACCUCCUUCUGAAUUCAGAGGACAUAGAUGAGAAAAGCACUGCAUUUGUAAAUAGUGAUUCAAUGCCAGAGUUCGGUGCUGAACAGCCCACCAGCGGCCAGGCUGUGCAGAGCUCCCAUCUUCCCUAUUACCUCCGUAACUUCCGGACUGUACUACAGGCUGUGUUGGAGAACGAGGAUGACAGGGCACUGUUCAGCCAGGAUGAUAUGUCACUCAUACAUGCAUUUGAGAAGCUAUCAGCCAUGGCGCAGAAGCUAUAUGUGAGGCUCUUUCAGAGGAAGCUGAAGUGGCUUCAAGUAAAUAAACUGGAUUAUGAAGAGAUAUGUCAUGAUUUGGGACCUGUUGCUCAGGAGCUGGUUGAAGGCAGUUUUCUACAGACAGAGAAUGAUCUUGAGGACCUAGGGGAGGCUCUGGAUCUUCUGCCUGCUCCUGAACUCAAAGCUCUAGCUAAGACCUUCCAUCUGGGCAAUUCUGGGACUCAGAAACAGCAACUAGUGGAUGGGCUUCUUCGUCUGAGCAGGCAAAAGUCCCUCUUCUCUCUGACCUCAGCUCAAAACAACAUUAAACCCGUCAUUCUCAAAAGGGCAAAGCAACUUGCAGGUUCCUGUGUGCGUCUGUGUCGUGGUCCUCGGGCUGUCUUCUCUCGCAUCCUUUUACUCUUCUCUAUGACGGACACCAUGGAUGAGGAGGAGAUGGCAGCUGGUGGGCAGAGCCAGCUUUUUACCAUUCUGCUAGUCAACUCAGGGCGUCUGGCCUUCCCAGACUACACAGUGCAGCGUACAGCCAAGGUGUUCCAAGACAGAGAAGACCUGAUCAGAUAUGAAGCAUCGAUGCGAGCCCUGCAAGAGUUAAUCUCAGCUAUGCAGGCGGGUCAUUGGGAAGAGGCUCUGGAGCUUUACACUGCUGCCAAAAGCGCCUGGCAGGAGCUGAGGAAGAACUAUGACCCCAGUCACGAGGAGGAGCUGCCUGUGUUCCUGCGCAGCUUCACUACAGGAUGGACGUACACUCGUAUCUUCUCCAGAGGGGUGGAGGUCUUGCAGAGGCUACGUCAGUAUGAGGAAGCGGUAGAGGAGCUGCAGUCAUUACUGCUACAGUCAGUUUACUGUCCUGAAAGCCGAGGGCGGUGGUGGGACAGACUAGCACUAAACCUUCACCAGCAUCUCAAGAAACCUGAACAAGCUAUUUGUGCUAUCAGAGAUGGGCUGUCAGACAAUUUGGUGCGAACAGGACACAAACUCUCCCUGUAUCAGAGGGCUGUUAGGAUGAAAGAGUCUGCCAGCUUCAAGAAGUACCGCCUGCAACUCAAAGACGUGCCCACUGUUCAUGUCCAAGAUGUAAAACAUGUGACAAUCCGAGGACAGCUGUUUCCCCAUGAGGGAGGCAUGGGAAAAUCUGUGUUUCUUUUACCAGCAAAUGGAGAGGGGGAGGAGAGAAUCGAUGCCACUGUAAUAUGUUCUGUGGAAGAACUGUCAUUAGCACAUUAUUGCCAACAAGGUUUUGACCAAGGGAUCCAUGGAGAGGGCUCAACAUUCUCCACAUUGUUUGCUCUUCUGAUGUGGGACAUCAUUUUCAUGGAGGGUAUCCCCGAUGUUUUUCGAAACCAAUACCAGACAUGUCCACUGGAUCUUCACACCGAUUGUUUCUAUGAGAACAGAAAAGAGGCCAUUGAUUCUCGUGUUCAUUUACUUACUGAGGCAUCCGUGGAGACUCUACACAGUAUGUUGGAGGAUGUUUGGAGCUGCCAGGAGGGUAAAGUGUGUUCACUGGUCAACUGGGAGCGUUUCUCAUCCCUUAAACAGGCACAGUCUCUCGUCUCAUGCCUGGGCGGAACCUUCUUAGGAGGAGUAAUAGCACGAAUGUCCAAAGACUACAGACAUUGCCGUGGAGGUUUGCCUGACCUUGUAGUGUGGAACACCUCAAACAACACCUAUAAGCUGGUGGAGGUGAAGGGGCCCAAUGACCGGCUGUCCCAGAAGCAACAGAUCUGGUUGGAUGAGCUGCAGAAACUGGGGGCUGAUGUGGAGGUGUGUCACGUGGUAGCCACUGGAGCCAGAGGAGCUCGUCUGGAAUAAACAGAGAAGAAAUGACUGAUAAGACUUUGCUGCUAAUUAAUCAGUGUGUGGUGUGAAUAUAAACAUCAGCCAAUGGUUUCAUAAAAUAAUAUUUGGGCGCUUUUUCUGAUUCUUGUCAUCUCAACCUAAAAUUUGCAUUUAUCUAUCUCCCUUAUGUCUUAAAUUAUAAUUCCUAUUUGAGUAUAAAAAUGCUGUGGCAAGGAGUGUGCUUUGUGAUACAUGGUAUUAUCCCCCAGGAAACCACUGUCUUCAACACUGAGACAUGCAUCAUGAGAUGAUCAUUACUGAGAACUGCCAGGAUUAGAAAGAGCUCACUUAUAGAUAAUCAGAGCUGAUGCAUGACAGGAAAUGGAUCCAACAACCACACAACACUGAUGGCGUUUCCUUUUCUUUGGCAACACACUAGUCUCAGGUUCUUCGUUACCAAGCAACACAAACUCACAUUUAUUUGGCUGCUUACGAAUUAUAUGACAGCUCUACGAGUUUGUUAUGCAAGUCAUUAGUGGGAUAAUACACAGAUCAAUAUACAUUUCUUUCGCUAUUCACCUGCUACCAAGAAUGAAAUAAUGCACCUUAAUGAUUGUUUUCAUUAUCAAGUAAUCUGCUGUCUGUUGUCUCUAUUAACUAAUUAAUUACUUGGUCUAUAAAGUGUCAGAAAAAUGGAAAACGCCCAUCACCUUCCAGAGGCCAAUAAGGUAUAAUGACAUUGCUUAUUUGGUCUUAUCAACACUCAGUUUGCCUACCACAAGAAACAUCACACACAACAAAGGAAAGCUGCAAACCCUCACAGUUAAGAAGCUAAAAUGUUUUAACAUUUUUGUUUAAAUGGUUGUCAAGUCAUUUUCUGUUCAUCAAAUAAUCAACAGAUUGUUUUAUAAAGUAUGUAACAAUGCCAAAAAGAUGUUCCACUGAACUAAAUUAAAAUAUGCUACGAAA